UUUUUCUCUCUCUCUUCAUCAUCAUAUUGGCCAAUAAAAACUCAAGAAAGUAGCUAAAAGAAUCACGCCGCCAUUCAAUGGAUACAAAUACUAGGGUGGACUAUUUGGUCCGGUUUUUUUGGUUUUACCCAAAAUUGGACUGUAUAACCCGGAUCGAGACCGGACUGAGACCAGAUAGCAAACAAUCAAAUUCCAUAUUCAGGCUUAGAUUUGAGGUAAAAAAAUCGUUUGAGAUCGGACCGAAAACCGCAUAUAGAGCGGAUAAGAGAGCUCGACACCCAAAAUUUAACCAACUCUUCACCCUUUCAGGCCUCAGGCCACUCAAAUCCCCGCAAGCUCAAUCUAAAAUCAAGAGUCAAGUUUUAAUUGGGACCAGACCGAAUAAAGACCAGACUGUAUCCAAUUCAAUAUUUAAUCCUUAUAUUUUCGAAAACACCGGACCGAGACCGAAUCGAUUCGGUCAAAUUUAACCGAACAGGACAGUACAGCCACCCCUAACAAAUACAAUUAGCCAGUAAGCCACCAAAGUUUAUCUCUCUCUUGUUUUGUUUUUAUUGAGUGCUCUUCAUGAUAAUCUCUGACAAAGCCAUUUGGUUGUUGAACUUAGCAUUAAUGGACACAGCCAAACAGGGAAAAAAGAUUAGCACUAAUUUAAAAUUAUUCGACUAGAAAGAACUAGUCUUGCGAGGCCAAUAAAACGAAACCGUGUGAAGCCUUUUUCCGCAAAAUCUCAAUCCAACAGUUGACAUUUAGACCGUUGCUCCGGCGGAGAGCAAAAAACAGAGAACAACAAAAUCCUCUCAUUUCCUUCUCUGCGCCGCCGGCCGACUCGCCGGCGUUCCUCCCAUAUUCAUUUCUACCCCGUGACCCACAUAAACGCGCACAAUCCCCUAAUUCCUUCUCGUCGCUUCGAAAAGUUAACACCCUCCAAUUCUUUUUCUCUUCUCUAAAGCGUGACACGCAAUUACUCCAUCGUCGUCGUCGUCACCAAUCAUUCGAUUCGAUUGCUUUGCUCCCUUUCUUCAAGCCCAAGUCUCUCUUUAGUCCUUUCCCGAUUCCCUCUCUCUCGCUUUACUAAUUUCUUGUCCAGAAAGUAGAAACCCACUGCUGGGAUUCCUGCAAAACCCUCAAAUUUAUAAUUAUUUUGACAGCGACGGCUGACCACCGCCACCGCCACCUGCCGGGCGGCCUACCCUUGCGGACCUGAGGUCUUCUUCAGCAAUCCUCAAUUCCACCCACUUUACUGCUGCUUUUUCUCUUCUGGGUUCUCCCUCGCAGAUUUUCUUACAUGUCUCGCAACGUUGGAAACAACACCAGAAAGUCCAACUCCACGCGCCACCGGGCACAACCCGCCGCCGCGGUGGCCACGGGGACCGUCGCAGUCAUGCCCGUUUACCCAAUUGACCAAUUGGGUUCUCCCUUCGGCGAUGAUUCCGCCGCCCCUCUCAACUUGUCAGCCUCGGAGCUCCGGGAAUCCGCCUACGAGAUCCUAAUCGCGGCUUAUCGGAGCUCCGGGACCCGCCCGCUCACGUACACCCCUCAGUCGGAGAGAGCGGCGGAUGAUAGAGGGCAGGGUCAUGCCAAUUCGACUCUCACGCAUUCUUCCUCGCUGCAGCGGUCGUUGACCUCGUCGGCAGCGAGUAAGGUGAAGAAGGCCCUCGGGAUGAAAUCGGCGAAGCGGAGAACGAACGGUGAUGGCGAGUCGGCGGGUCAGGGGAGAUCGAGGAAAGCUGCGACGGUCGGGGAGCUGGUUAGGGUUCAGAUGAGAGUGUCGGAGCAGGCUGAUUCCAGGAUUCGACGUGCUCUACUGCGAGUUGCUGCUGGUCAGCUAGGAAGGCGCAUAGAGUCGAUAGUUCUACCUCUCGAGCUAUUACAGCAGCUCAAGUCCUCGGAUUUCCCUAAUCAGCAAGAUUAUGAGGUCUGGCAGAGGAGAAAUUUGAAGCUUUUAGAAGCCGGACUACUUCUGCAUCCACACAUUCCAUUAGAUAAAUCCGACACUGCUGCAAGGCAACUUCAGCAGGUUAUCCGUGGGGCAUUGGACAAGCCCCUUGAUACUGGCAGGAACACCCAGUCAAUGCAAAUACUCCGAAAUGCUGUUAUGCCCUUGGCUAGCAGGUCGUUGAACGGGUCUUCUGUAGAAACUUGCCACUGGGCAGAUGGUUAUCCCCUGAAUCUAAGACUUUACCAAACACUCCUGGAAACGUGUUUUGAUAUCAAUGAUGAGUCAGUUGUUAUUGAUGAGGUCGAUGAAGUGAUAGAACUUAUAAAGAAGACGUGGACAAUUCUAGGAGUUAACCAGACGUUGCACAACAUCUGCUUUUUGUGGGUUUUGUUUCAUCAUUAUGUUGCAACUAGCCAAAUCGAAGAUGACCUCUUGUUUGCUGCAAAUAGUCUGAUUAUUGAGGUGGAGAAAGAUGCAAAGGCAGCUAAGGAUCCAGAGUACUCAAAGAUCUUGAGUUCGACAUUGAGUUCUAUACUGGGUUGGGCGGAGAAAAGGCUUGUGGCUUACCAUGAUAGCUUCAAUAGUGAUAAUACUGAAUCAAUGGAAUGUGUUGCUUCUCUGGCUGUUGUGGCUGCAAAGGUACUUGUAGAAGAUAUCUCUAACGAGUAUCACAGGAGCAAGAAACAGCGUGAUGUUGCUUCAGAUAGGAUUGACGCUUAUAUCAGAUCAUCAUUGCGUGCUGCUUUUAACCAGAGAAUGAAGAAAAUCACUUCAUCCAAGCAACCAUCUAGAAACCUGCAAACUCCACUUCCUCAGCUUGCUAUACUUGCAAAUGACAUUAGCCAACUGGCUUUCAGUGAAAAGGCUAUAUUUAGUCCUAUAUUCAAGAGAUGGCACCCCCAUGCAGCAGGUGUAGCAGUAGCCACGCUUCAUUCUUCCUACAGCAAAGAGUUGAAUCAAUUUGUAUCAAGUGUCAGUGAGCUGACACCUGACGCCAUACAAGUGCUGACAGCUGCUGACAAAUUGGAAAAAGAUCUCGUCCAGAUUGCGGUGGAGGAUGCGGUGGAUAGUGAAGAUGGUGGGAAGUCGAUAAUCCAACAGAUGCCUCCAUAUGAGGCUGAAGCUGUGAUGGCCAACCUUGUGAAGUCAUGGAUAAAAACACGAGUUGACAGACUAAAGGAAUGGGUGGAUAGAAAUCUACAACAGGAGGUGUGGAAUCCGAGGGCGAAUAAGGAAAGGGUUGCCCCAUCUGGAGUUGAAGUCUUGAGAACUGUUGAUGAAACUUUGGAAGCCUUCUUCCUGCUGCCAAUUCCUAUGCAUUCAGCCUUACUUCCAGAGCUUGUAGCAGGGCUUGAUAGAUGUCUCCAAAGUUACAUAUUGAAGGCAAAAUCUGGUUGUGGCACUCGAAGUUCUUAUAUCCCUGCUUUGCCUGCAUUAACAAGAUGUACAACUGGAUCAAAAUUCCAAGUAUUCAAGAAGAAGGAGAAGUCGCAAAUGAGCCAGAGAAGGAAGUCUCAUGUUGGAACUGCCAGUGGUGAUGACUCCUAUGGAAUACCUCAGCUUUGCGUACGCAUGAAUACUCUGCAUCAUAUUAGAAUGCAGUUAGAAGUUUUGGAGAAGAGGACAACCAUUCAACUGAGGAACAACAUCAAGUCGGGUCAUGUCAAUGAUGAGUUUACCAAUGGAGUUGGGGUGAAGAAGUUUGAGUUAUCAGCUACGACCUGUGUUGAAGGGAUUCAACAACUCUGUGAGGCAGCGGCAUAUAAGAUCGUGUUUCACGAUCUAAGCCCUGUCAUGUGGGACAGCCUCUAUGUGGGUGGUGAUGUUUCAACUUCUAGAAUCGACCCUUUCCUUCAGGAGGUCGAGCAGAACUUGGAGAUUAUCUCGUCGAUGGUGCAUGACAGGGUUAGGACACGCGCCAUUACUGACAUGAUGAGAGCUUGUCUCGAUGGGUUCCUGUUGGUUUUGCUUGCCGGGGGCUCGUCUCGUGCUUUCUCUUUGCAAGAUCAUGUGGUAAUAGAGGAGGACUACAAGUUCCUCAGGGAGCUUUUCUGGUCCAAUGGAGAUGGGCUACCACUCGAGUUGAUAGACAAGUAUUCCGCCACUGUUAGAAGCAUUCUUCCUUUGUACCGAAUGGACUCCGAAGCCCUGAUCGAGAGGUUCAAAAGUGCAGCCUUGGAGGCUUAUGGCACUGCUUCCAAAUCGAGACUUCCAUUGCCGCCAACUACAGGUCACUGGGGUCCUAGUGAGCCAAAUACUCUGCUGAGAGUUUUGUGUUACCGGAACGACGAGACAGCGACAAAGUUUCUAAAGAAAACUUACAACCUGCCUAAGAAAUUGUAGUGUUGCCUUAAUGUUAGUGCAUUUUUCUCAGUAUGAUGAACAUUGCUCCCUGCUCCUGAAUCAUUGGCUGCUGCAGUUUCUCGACCUGGUUGUCAACUGCAAUAAAGAAGAAGACAUUAACUUUUCUGUAACAGCUGAUUGAGACUUUGUGAGUGUAACACUUGUUGCUGCCGCAUGUGUAUUUAAAAGAGGUUUGUUCAGGAGAAAGAAGUUGAUUUUUUAGUGUUGAGAGGUUCUGUAGAUACAUGUUCAGAAGAAGGUAAGUUUGGAAAGUUGAGGUCAAAUGUAUGAUGAAGGGAAGCAAACCAGAAAUGGUGGAGCUUGACAAAUGAUUUUUGGUGAAGCAGCCAUCAAUGGCGCUUGGGGUUUUGGUUGGGGAGGUAGUAUGGGGUAAGUUCUUCAUGGUUGGAGAUGAAUAUGAUUUACAGUGUGGAAAGUUACUGUAUGCUAUUUAUUGAUUUGUUUUCGUUUUGUGUGUCUCGCUCACUUUUCAUAGUGCCAUUUUUCAAGGGAUGUUCCUGUAUGGGAACUGACCUGUUGGCUGUUGUAGUGUAAAUUUGUAAUUGAUAGUGUUUGUGCCGCGAACCCCCUUUCAACACCUCCUCUUGGCGAUCCCCGAGUGUUGACCGCAAUGGAGGCGCCUAGACCCUGCACAAUGAGCGCCUAAAGGGCUUCUGAAUGCCCGUUAGCACUCCAACGCUCAAGUCAGAGCAAUUCUAGAGAGAUAAGUGCCUAGAAAGAUUUUAGUGAGAGAAGCUAACCUGCUUAAAUACCACCUACCGAGUACUAUUUAUACUCGUCGAGGUCCCGACCAGGCUCCUAGAAUUCAGCUCCACGUCAGCGCGUCAUUAAAUGCUCGGUACGGCCCAACGGUCAGGCGUCUCCACGUGGCAGCUUCUGGGCUCCUAAGCCCAGGCGCCUGCAGGGACCACAUUGCCAGGUGGCAUGCCCUCAGCCUCCUGGUUCCCGACUUGCACGGUCCUCGCCCUACUCUUGUCGUUAUGCGCCUGCUCAUCCCUGCAUGGGCCUUACUCCUAGCUUACCUCCACUUCUCCUUGCCCUGAAGUAUGCUUGGGCCUAGGCAGCCUCCAUGGGUCCAUGUCCCCCAAUGGCUCACCUAUGCUUACCCAAUAGAUAGUGUCAAGAGAUUGGUAAUUGAAUUUUCUUUACGGUUAUUUUUCAAAGUGAAGGCAAAUGUAAUGAAGCGAGGAAAUGACUGACAGGUUUGGAACGAAUUUUAAAAUAUUAAAAUCACACUAAAUAGUAAAUUCUUAUAGAAUUUGAGAAAUAUUCAUCCAAAUAAUUUUUUGCAUAUUUUUUAUGUUAAAUUAUUUUCAUAAUUUAUUAGCUUUUUAAAAGCUAUGCUACUUUCGUAAGAACAACCAAACUAACCAUAAAUAGGGGUAAGCGGUUGGAGGUUUUAUGCGAACUACCCAUACUCUCAAAUGAUUACAUAAUUUCAAUAAUUUUGAAGUUAAAUU